UCUACUUUGCCGGCCCAGUCUUCUCGCAACACUGUCUGACCCACUCAGUUUCUGUCCCAAGUCACGUCUCAUUCCCCAGAAUGUCCAGCAAUUCUGGAAUGUUCGCGGAUGCCAAAGCAGGGGAGCUCUGCGACUUGGAACUAGAGUGUGAAGGGGUGAAACUUACUGUCCACAGAAUCGUGGUUUGGAAUCAAUCCGAGGUGAUCAAGACUGCCUGCAAGAGCAACUUCAUCGUAAAGCCAGCCACCUCCAUUGCUUCUAACGAGGUGUUAGAUCUAACACUGAAGAAGGAAGCCCGCACCAACGUCAUCCAGGUCCCCGAUUUCUCUCUCGCGGCUGUGAAGCGGAUGUUGGAGUACAUGUACCUCAGUGACUAUAGCCUGGACAACGAUUCCAAAUGGGAUUCCGGUAUGUGGUCCUCGGUACAAGACUAUGGUGUGUUCGUGUCAUGGCACACACUAACUGAGGUACAAGAGCCUGUGCAGUCUACCGUUGAGGCGAAGUCGGAUUCGAUCAGAGCUGACGCAGCAGACACUCACUCCGACCUCAUCUGCGUCACCGAGACGGUUCCCGAGACGGUUCCCGAGACGGUUCCCGAGACUGCCGACCCCACACCACCCACAGCUGCGGAGGCCCUGCGUCCUCAUCUUGAGAUGAGUAUGAUCGCAUGUUACUACCUAGUCCCGGGACUGGAGGCUUUGGCGCUGAAGAAGAUCAAGACGGCGUCAGAGCAAAGCUGGUCGCCCGCUGAAUUCGACGAGCUGGUCGCCGAGGUCUACCCUUUGAUCCCUCACGAGGCCACUCGAAAGCACCUAUCUGACCUGGUCGUCGAACACCUGGACGAUUUCCCAUACAAUGAGACUCUUUUCCCGGAUCCACUCGCGCGCCAGGUUAUCUCGGGGCUGGAGCAUCAGCUGAGCACGGCCAGAGAAAGUAUAUCUGCGCUUACAGAAAAGUCAAUUCUUGCGGAUGCUGCGAAGGCACAUGAAGAAGGGAAACUUCGGCGGUUGGAGGAUAAUUUGGAAAAGCUCAAGGACACCUCCAACUGCCGCCACUGUGGGAUAGGAUUCCGUAGCUACCCUGAGCUGGAGGCUGCAGAUGGCUCGUCUCUCAAGAUACGAUGCAGGGAUUGCAGGACUCGACAUUAUGGCUCUUGAGUGUG